AAAUAUACUUAUCAAUGAGGAAAAUUGACUUUAAAUAUAUUUUUAGCAUCUUUAACACAUAACAGACAUUGAAAUUAUUUGUCAAUACUGAAAUAAAUACAGGUACACUAAAUGUGUACAUUAUUCAUACAUACAUUCAUAAAGACAAGCCUUUCCCACUGUAAGCAUCCUCCCUAGAUUACCAAGUCAUUUGUGGGACUACUGAGUGCCAGGACUGAGGUCAUAAAACUGAUGUGUUAGGGAAAUGAACAUCCCCUAUAGGGAGAGAAAGUAAAACUGUACCAUGCAUUCCUUGAGGGUAAUCAUUCUGUUCUUAGAAAGGAAGUUCUCUAGCAUCUUGGGGGUAAAUAAUGAUAGAUACAUAUUAUUUGUGUAUCUGUAUCCCAGAGACAGUAGGGGAAGCUUGAAGAAGCAGAUCCUCUCGUUGUUGUAAAAAUAAAAAUUUGAAGGGAAAAUUAUAUACACUUUAAAAUCUUAUAUCUCCAUUAUUUCUGUCUCAACAGAGAAGGUGGAUAUGACUGAGGAUAACCACUCCUACUCAACAACUGAAUUUAUCCUCAUAGGAUUCACAGAUCACCCAGAGCUAAAGACCAUUCUGUUCCUGGUGUUCCUUACCAUCUAUCUGAUCACCAUGGUGGGGAAUCUUGGCCUGGUGGCAUUGAUUUACAUGGAGAGUCGUCUUCACACGCCAAUGUACAUCUUUCUGGGUAACCUUGCACUGAUGGAUUCCUGUUGUUCCUGUGCCAUUACCCCCAAGAUGUUAGAGAACUUCCUUUCUAAGGACAGAAUGAUUUCCCUCAAGGAAUGCAUGGCACAGUUUUACUUUCUGUGCCUUGCUGAAACUGCAGAUUGCUUUCUCCUGGCUGCAAUGGCCUAUGACCGCUACGUGGCCAUAUGUAGGCCACUGCAGUACCACACCAUGAUGUCAAAGAAACUCUGCAUUCAGAUGACCACAGGGGCCUACAUAGCUGGAAACCUGCAUUCCAUGAUUCAUGUAGGGUUUCUGUUUAGGUUAACUUUCUGUGGGUCUCAUCAAAUCAAUCACUUCUUUUGUGAUGCUCUUCCAUUAUUCAGACUCUCCUGUGCUGACCCUUAUAUCAAUGAAUUGAUGAUAUUUAUCUUUGCAGGGUCAGUUCAAAUCACCUCUAUUACUAUAGUUGUAAUCUCUUAUCUCUGUAUCCUUUUCAUGAUUUUCCAAAUGAAAUCCAAAGAGGGAAGAGGCAAAGCCUUAUCUACUUGUGCCUCCCACUUUGUUUCUGUUUCAAUAUUCUAUGGUUCUCUUCUCUUCGUGUACAUUCGACCAAGUACAGUUAAAGAAGAGGAUAAAGAUAUACCUGUUGCUGUUUUUUAUACUGUAGUGAUUCCUUUAUUAAACCCUUUUAUUUAUAGUCUCAGAAACAAGGAAGUUAUAAAAGUUAUGAAAAAAAUUCUGAAGCAAAUUUCAUAGUAUUCUGAAACAAGUAUCUCCUGUGAAAAACUGAUUUUAAUUUGAUAAAAUGCUUUUAAAAAUCAUGGACUACUGAGAAAGUGG